CAAUUCUGAAAUAGAAUCAGCGAGGAGGAAGAAUGGGUAUCUCAGGUUUACUCCCUAUGCUCAAGGGUAUCCAGGUAGAUGGUCAUAUUUCUCAUUUCAAAGGCAAACGUUUGGCAGUGGAUGCAUACGUGUGGCUCCAUAAAGGUGCUUUUGGAUGCGCCGAGGAUCUCGUCAAAGGCAAAAAGACCACAAAAUUCGUCGAUUAUGCCAUGCACCGUGUUAGACUUCUCAAGCAUCAUGGUAUCACCCCGUUUAUCGUCUUUGAUGGAGGCCCUUUACCAGCCAAGAAAGGGACGGAAGUUUCACGAGCGAAAUCCCGAGCUGAGUAUCUGGCUCGAGCACAGUCCAUGGAAUCCCAAGGACGAUGGAAAGAAGCUCGAGAAUGUUACACCAAAUGUGUAGAUAUCACCCCGGAGAUGGCGUACCAGUUGAUAAAGGCUUUACGCGCCGAAGGAAUAGAGUAUGUCGUGGCUCCAUAUGAAGCGGACGCCCAGUUGUGUUUUUUGGAGAGAGAAGGAUGGGUUGAUGGGAUCAUCACUGAAGAUUCGGAUCUUCUAGUUUUUGGGUGUAAGCAGGUUGUCUUCAAGCUUGACCAUAACGGUCAAUGUGUCUGGAUUCAUAGAGAACGUUUAGCCUCCAUCCGUGAUUUCCCCAUGCACGGCUGGACAGACCAUCAUUUUCGUCGUAUGGCGAUGCUCAGUGGCUGUGACUACCUUGACUCCAUUCAAGGCAUAGGUAUCAAAACUGCCCAUCGUUUGCUCCGAAAGCAUAAGACAGUCGAGAAGGUCCUUCAAAAUGUCCGAUUGGACGGGAUGAAUGUGCCCAAAGAUUAUGUCAAAAUGUUUAACCAAGCCGAAUUGGCUUUCAUCCACCAACGGGUGUAUGAUCCGGGUUCGAAACGUUUGGUUCCGCUGAAUGACUUUCCAGAAACGGGCUUGAAUGAGGAGGACGAGAGAUGGGUCGGGCUGUACGUGUAUUCUUCCAUGCGCUCUAGUCAAGUGUGGCUGAUCUCCGAGGGAUUUGGCAGAGGAUAUCGCAAGAGGGGUAGCCACUGGAGAUCUACAUCCAGAGACCAGGGACAAGAUCCAAGAUCUCUGGCCGGACUUCAUGCCAAGUAG